UUGGGGACGGAAGGAGCACAAAGAAAUUCAGAGACCGCAGAAAUUCCUCUCAACCCACACAAACCCCAGGGCUUCUCUCCUCUCCCCCCACGCCGCCGCCAUGGCCCCUAGAUCCGACCGCUCCGCCGGUGGCGCGGCGGCGGCGGCGGCGGCCGCUGCCCAGGCCCACGGAUCCGACUUCGACUCCAUUGAUCCCCUCUUCCACGUCCUCCGCGUGCUCCCCUUCUCCUUCCUCCGGCCGCCGCGCACCCGCCUGAGGCUGCCGUCCAACCUGGCGCUCCCCUCCCCCAUGACCGUCUUCUCCCUCAUCCUCGCCACCUACCUCGCCGUCGUCUCUGGCCUCGUCUACGACGUCAUCGUCGAGCCCCCGGGCAUCGGCAGCGUCCAGGACCCCGCCACCGGCACUGUCCGCCCCGUCGUCUUCCUCCCCGGCCGCGUCAACGGCCAGUACAUCAUCGAGGGGCUCUCCUCCGGCUUUAUGUUCGUCCUCGGCGGCAUCGGGAUCAUCCUCCUCGACCUCGCCGUCGACCGCACCAGGCCGCGGAGCCUCCGCGUCUCCUAUGGUGGCUCUGGCGUGGCCGCCAUCGUCAUCGCCUACGCUAUGGCCAUGCUCUUCCUCCGCAUCAAGAUCCCGGGCUACCUAUGGUAAUUCUACGUCAUCAUUGAAGAAGAGUAACCCCAAAUGCUAUGUCCCAAUUGAAGAAGAGUAAAACAAGUGAUAAAAGGCAUCUAGGCUCUACGAAACAUUUUUGGAAGAUCAUUUUACAACGCAAUUGUUACCUUGUUGCAGAAGUAUAAGCUAAUCAUCCUAUACCCAUGGUAUAGUAGUAUGGAAAAAGGGGAAUGCUGUUAUGAUUUGUUUGCUAUUGUUUGAAUUAGUAGCUAUGUUGUGACACUCAGCAGAGAAAAUAAAAUAUGAGAAACAGAUAUGC